AUGACUGGACGCAACGUCGACAUGCGGCACAUCGACCGCAAGGACAUCUACACGAACCUUGAGUCGCGCGUCCACGGCGCCAAGUAUGUCGAGGCCCUCAUUCCUGCCGUCACCAAUAUUGUCUACCGCAAACUGCUCCAGUACGACAUCACGGCCCGCGCCUUCCAGCUCCGCUCCACCUCCUUCGACGGCCCCAUGGACGAGGUCCCCGACGAGAACUCCCCCCAGAUCCAGCACCGCAAGAUGUUUCUGCGCGCCUACCUGGCCAAACUCUGCAGCGACCCGUCCCAGAUGGCCUUUUGGGAGUACCUCGACAAGGUCGGCAUGAUGCACGUCGGCCUCGGCCGCUCCCACCCGCUGCACGUCGAGUACGUCCACAUUGGCAUGACGCUGUCGCUGAUCCAGGAAGUGCUGACGGAGGCCAUCCUGGGCCAUCCGCGGCUGUCCAUGCGCCGCAAAAUGGGUCUCGUGAAGGCGCUCGGCAAGGUCAUCUGGAUCCAAAACGACCUGUUUGCCAAGUGGUAUGUGCGCGACGGCGAGGAGUACACGGACGGUGUGGACUACAGCACACUGGUCGACAAGGAGGGCUACCUGCACGGCAAGAAGGUUCUGGUACAUAAAGAGGAAGAGGGUGAAGAGAGCAAGACCGCAAGUGACUCCAGCACCAGCAGCGAGUCGACGGUCCCAGCCCCAUCCACACCAACGGCCGCAGCCGGCGUGUGUCCAUCCACCAGCAGCUCCAAGGACGUGGCCGACGUAGGGGUGUCGCCAACUGCGCCACCCCCGGCUGUUGGCUGUGAAAACUCCACCGACCGCUUCGUGGCCGCGUCGACCGCCUUGUUGACAAUCGCCUCGAACCCGCUCUCCUCAAAGCUCACCAGCGCCGCGUGCGUCGUGCCAUUGGGGCUCGUCACGUUCUUGCGCAGCUGCCCCGGCUCGUCGCUCGACUGCACCAGCAUCUUGCCCGCCCCCAGGCACGUCUGCUUCGCCAGCCGGCUCGCCUGGUCCACCGGCAGACCCAGCGCCGUCGCGCUCGUAAUCAGGUGCUCCACCAUGGCGAAAAAGUACGCAGGGCCGCUGCCGGACAGGCCCGUCACGACAUCCAGCAGGUCCUCGCGGGCCACCCACUCGGUGGCCUUGCUGACGCUCGACAGCAUCUGCGUCACCAGCUCGCGCUCCUCGUCCGUGAUGUCGUCGCCUGCGUACACACCCGACGCGCCCUCGCCCACCAGCGCCGGCGUGUUGGGCAUGACGCGCACCACGUGCGGCACGCGGCCCGCGGCCGUCGUCGUCCACGCGCGCAGGCUGUCAAUUGUGAUGCCCGCGGCGAUGGAGACCACGAGGGGCAGUUUCUUGUCCGCGCCAAGCUCCUUCCAGGCCGCGGCCAUGUCCUUGCACGCGGUCUCCGCGACCUGCGGCUUGACAGAGAUCACCACGAGGUCGGCCCACGCAGCCACCUCGCCGUUGGACGUGGUCGUGUGCACGCCGAGUGCCGCCAUCUUGCCGCGGUUGACGUCCCAGGGCUCGGACACGGAGAUGUUGGCCGUGUCGGCACCGCCGGCCAGGAGACCGCCAAUGAUGGCACCGGCCAUGUUGCCGCCGCCGAUAAAGGCGAGCUUCGCCGUGCUGAGGGGAGCGGACGGGGCCAUUGUGUGGGAUGGUUUCGGAUGGGUUCGAAGGUUUGGAAGGGAUUGUUGUUGA